UCUAAUUCUAAAGCCAUAUAGCUAGCAAAGAUUGUCAUGGCAGAGGAGUUCCAGGAGGAACCUGCAGAACAAGUAAGUAAGCAGACAUCUCCUCCAUUACCAGAAGGCCUGGGGACACAAGUUAUAGCUCUCUUCACGAGCACUUUACGCCAACCAAACAAGAAAGAUAAUAAGAUUUUACCAAAAGUAGAAGCAAAAACACCUGCUAAAUGGGCUCAGAGUGCUCCAACUCAAGAACAUACAACUACAUCUGGUGAUGUACUAAGAAAGGACCAGAAGGAUGUUACACAUCCUCCAGAAAAUAGUACCACAGCAACACCAACCAUCAUAAACAUCGACCUAGUUCCAUAUGUGACACUACAUCUUGCUGCUCUGAAUGGUGACUGGAUGACUGCUAGAAAUUUCUUGCAAUUACAGCCAGAAGCUGUGAGAGCAAAGAUCACAAAGGGUUCAGAAACAGCUCUUCACAUAGCAGCUGGGGCAAAACGUACACUUUUUGUUGAAGAGCUAGUAAUGUGGAUGACACCAAAUGAUCUAGAAUUAAAGAAUGACGUAGGGAACACCGCCCUUUAUUUUGCUGCUGUGUCUGGUAUCAAAAGGAUUGCUGAAGUAAUGGUGGAUAUUAACCCAACUCUACCUCAGAUCCGAGGUACUAAAAAUCUAACACCACUUCAUAUGGCCACAUUGCUAGGCCACAGAGAGAUUGUAUGGUAUCUAUAUGAUAAGACAAGCCUAACAGAACACGACUACAUAGGGCUUCUUAUUUCAGCCAUAACAGCAGAUCUUUACGAUGUUGCGCUGGAUAUAAUUCAAAAGCACCCUAAAAUGGCUUUUGCUCGAGAUGGAAAUGGAGAGACAGCACUACAUGUAAUGGCUCGAAAGCCUUCAGCAUGCUAUAGUGGAAGUCAUCUGGGAUUUUUGCAGCGAUGGAUAACUUCAUAUGUGUCAGUGGAUAUAGUGGAACAACACCCUGAAAUAACAUCUGGUCAAGAUGAAAUUGUAGAGAUCACACUUCACAUAGUGGAGCAUUCAACAUGUUAUAGUGUAAGUCAGCGGGGACUUUGGAAACGAUUCAUAUUAUCUGUCCCAUAUAUCCAGGACUCAUACCACAAGUAUUUGAAUCAUAUGCAAGCAACUGAACUUGUGACGCUGCUCUGGAAGAAAGUUUUGACACUAGACAGUGAUUCAAGGAUAAAUGAUUUGAUAAAUGUGCCCUCUCGCAUACUGUUUACUGCUGCUGAAUUGGGGAAUAUCGACUUUCUCAUUAUAUGUAUGAGAUUGUACCCCAGUCUCAUUUGGCAAAUUGAUGAACAAAAUCGAAGCAUAUUUCAUGCUGCAGUGAUUCAUAGACAGGAGAAAGUUUUCAAUCUCAUUUACGACUUAGGCGGUCUGAAAGACUUAAUAGCUGCUUAUAAAGAUGUAACCAACAAUAAUAUGCUUCAUUUGGCCGCACGAGCAUCUGCAAGUCGACUAAGUACUGAUACAGGAGCAGCAUUGCAGUUACGAAGAGAGUUGAUAUGGUUUAAGGAGGUGGAGAAGAUUGUCCAGCCAUUAUACAAGGAGAUGAGAAACUCAGAUGGAGAAAUACCUCAACUUCUUUUCACCAAGGAACACAAGGAACUACUAAGAGAAGGAGAAGUGUGGAUGAAGGGCACUGCAUCAUCAUGCAUGGUUGUGGCAACUCUUAUAGCAACUGUAAUGUUUGCUGUCAUCUCUACUGUCCCUGGUGGCAACAACAAUAACACAGGUAUUCCCAUAUUCCUUAAAUCGAGAGCCUUCACGGUUUUUGUCAUAUCAGAUGCAAUAUCCCUGAUCACAUCGACCACUUCAAUCCUGAGUUUUCUGUCCAUUCUUACAUCACGCUACCAUGAAGGAGAUUUUCUCAAUUCAUUACCGAAUAGAUUGAUCGUGGGGCUUGCUACCUUAUUUAUCUCUAUAGCUACAAUGAUGAUAACAUUUGUUGCCACACUACUUAUGGUUCUUGGCCCUGGAUUUCAUGAGAUAAAAGUUCCAAUUACUCUGGUUGCUGCAGUUCCAGUUGGUUUCUAUGCCUUACUACAGUUUCCCCUUCUAGCAGAUAUGAUCAGUCAUGCAUAUAUUUCAAGAGUUUCUUUUCGUCCAUGCAACCACCUCUUGCACUAGAUAAAAGUACUUAAUAUUACUCUUUUGUAAAAUAAUUGUCACAACGUACUGAAGAUAAUGUGUGAGACUGUGAGAGUAUUAACAUUGUGAGAUUUAUAGUG